AAGUUUGGGUCCGUAAAUAAAUCUCUGCUGCGGCGCAUAUAUAUAAAUAGAUAGACCUCAAACGCUGCUUUGCAUUUUAGCACACACCAACGCGCUUCACUUAUAAAACUUUUAUUUUCUCUCCCAAAGUUUCUCCCUUUUCGAUUCCAAAAGAUGAGUGAAGAAGAAACGAAAGAGAACAACCAGAAGCUGCAGAGACCUGCUCCUCGUCUUAACGAGAGGAUCCUCUCUUCCUUGUCCCGACGAUCCGUUGCUGCUCAUCCAUGGCAUGAUCUUGAGAUUGGACCCGGAGCUCCACAGAUUUUCAAUGUGGUCGUUGAGAUCACAAAGGGGAGCAAGGUCAAAUAUGAACUUGACAAAAAGACUGGACUCAUUAAGGUUGAUCGUAUUCUGUACUCAUCAGUUGUUUACCCUCACAACUAUGGUUUCGUUCCUCGCACCUUAUGUGAAGACAAUGACCCUAUUGAUGUACUAGUCAUCAUGCAGGAACCUGUCCUUCCUGGUUGUUUUCUGCGUGCUCGUGCUAUUGGAUUAAUGCCUAUGAUUGAUCAGGGUGAGAAAGAUGACAAGAUUAUUGCAGUCUGUGUUGAUGAUCCUGAGUACAAGCAUUACACUGACAUCAAAGAACUUCCUCCUCACCGUCUCUCUGAGAUCCGUCGUUUCUUUGAAGACUACAAGAAGAAUGAGAACAAGGAAGUUGCAGUUAAUGAUUUUCUGCCAUCUGAGAAUGCUAUCGAAGCUAUCCAGUACUCAAUGGACCUUUAUGCUGAGUACAUUCUCCAUACCCUAAGACGUUGAAGCUUCUCUUCGGGACAUAUCGUGCAACACCUUGGUUUCUGUUUCUUUCAGUGAUAAUAAGAAACACCUUUAUCUUAAUUCAUACUUUCUCUGCUUUUUCUUUUAAGACUUUGCAUUUUCAGUUCAUGGAUGUACAGAAAAUAUUCAUCCAAUUUUUCAUAAAUUAUCAUCCACUUGUUA